GCGGCCGGGAUGGCGCGUCCGCGGCCCCGCGAGUACAAGGCGGGCGACUUGGUCUUCGCCAAGAUGAAGGGCUACCCGCAGUGGCCGGCCCGGAUUGAGGAACUCCCGGAGGGAGCUGUGAAGCCUCCAGCAAAUAAGUAUCCUAUCUUCUUUUUUGGCACCCAUGAAACUGCAUUUCUAGGUCCCAAAGACCUUUUCCCUUAUAAGGAAUACAAAGACAAGUUUGGGAAGGCAAACAAACGGAAAGGAUUUAAUGAAGGAUUGUGGGAGAUAGAAAAUAACCCAGGAGUAGAGUUUACUGGGUACCAGGCCAUUCAGCAACAGAAGAUAGAAAAUAACCCAGGAGUAAAGUUUACUGGGCACCAGGCCAUUCAGCAACAGAGCUCUUCAGAAACCGAGGGAGAAGGCGGGAAUACUGCAGAGGCAAGCAGUGAGGAAGAAGGUGAUAGAGUGGAAGAAGAUGGAAAAGGCAAAAGAAAGAAUGAAAAAGCAGGCUCGAAACGGAAGAAGUCAUUCACUUCAAAGAAAUCCUCUAAACAGUCCCGGAAAUCUCCAGGAGAUGAAGAUGACAAGGACUGCAAAGAAGAAGAAAAUAAAAGCAGCUCUGAGGGUGGAGAUGCCGGCAAUGACACAAGAAACACAACUUCAGACUUGCAAAAAAAACAGUGAAGGGACCUAACUACCGUAAUGAAUGCUGCAUAUUAAGAAAACCACAAGAAGGUUAUACGUUUGGUUGUCUAAUAUUCUUGGAUUUGAUAUGAACCAACACAUAGUCCUUGUUGUCAUUGACAGAACCCCAGUU